GAGGUGCGCGCGGGCUCUGUCGACGGCGUGAGCAAAGAGGGUGGAUCCCCCACCCCCUCCACGGUCCUCGCGCGAGGUCGGAGAGGGGGUGUUAUAGACCCCUCCUUUGCCGCUACCCCCAAACCGCCGGAGGCAUGCGCGCGCACCCUCGGUGAAGGACGCGACAGGGGUGGGGUACCCCUUUCCCCCCAACAGCAUACCCGCGCGACUGCAGGGAUGGGUGGCGCAAGCCCUUUCGCUCGGAAUAUGGCAAAUUUCGCUGGCCUGAAACCGCCCGAGGCAUGCGCGCGCACCUUCGGUGAAGGAUGCGGAAGGGGUGGGGCAUCCCUUACCCCCGUAGCAUGCUACCUGCACUCGGGGAGGGGUGCUGCAAGCCCUUUCGGGCAGAAAGGGCUUAUGACUUGGUGA